AGUCUGGAGGCUCUGCCUCUGAUGUCCAGUGGAGCAGAAAGGCGAGAGGUGCAAGCUAAACUCCAGCACAUCUUAAGCCAGGACCACACUAGUGCUGUUCGUGGGCUGGGGACGACAUACGCAAGUUCUGUGCAGUGCAACUUGGCUAAACAGAAAAAAAGCUGAAUCUGUAUUGUUCUGUGGUGUUACCAAAUUGUACAACAAAAUGUCUAAAGGUCCAGCAGUAGGCAUUGACCUGGGCACCACCUACUCAUGCGUUGGCAUCUUUCAGCAUGGCAAGGUGGAGAUCAUUGCCAAUGACCAGGGGAACAGGACCACGCCGAGCUACGUAGCCUUCACAGACACAGAGAGGCUUAUUGGCGAUGCUGCAAAGAACCAGGUGGCCAUGAACCCUAACAACACUGUGUUUGUAAACAUUCUAAUCCACUGGAUGGCAUUGCAAACACCUAGAGGACUACUGCUGAACAAACAUAAACUGGAUGCCAAGCGCCUGAUUGGCCGGCGGUUUGAUGACCCUGUGGUACAGUCAGACAUGAAACACUGGCCAUUCAAGGUGAUUAGUGAUGGAGGCAAGCCAAAGGUGGAGGUGGAGUACAAGGGAGACAUGAAGACUUUUUAUCCUGAGGAGGUGUCCUCCAUGGUCCUCACAAAGAUGAAGGAGAUCGCUGAAGCUUAUCUGGGCAAGUCUGUAACAAAUGCAGUCAUCACUGUACCUGCCUACUUCAAUGACUCCCAGCGGCAAGCUACCAAAGAUGCUGGCACUAUUUCUGGCCUGAAUGUUCUCCGCAUUAUCAAUGAGCCAACAGCAGCAGCCAUUGCCUAUGGACUGGACAAAAAGGUCGGCAGUGAGCGCAAUGUCCUCAUCUUUGACUUGGGGGGUGGCACCUUUGAUGUAUCCAUUCUGACCAUUGAAGAUGGCAUCUUUGAAGUGAAGGCCACAGCUGGAGACACUCACCUUGGGGGCGAGGAUUUUGACAAUCGCAUGGUCAACCACUUUGUUGCUGAGUUUAAACGUAAAUACAAGAAGGACAUCACGGGAAAUAAGCGUGCGGUGCGUCGUCUGAGGACAGCUUGCGAGCGGGCCAAGCGUACUCUUUCCUCUAGCACGCAGGCCAGCAUCGAGAUCGAUUCACUCUACGAGGGUGCUGACUUCUACACCUCCAUUACGAGGGCCCGCUUCGAGGAGCUCAAUGCCGACCUCUUCCGUGGAACACUUGAGCCUGUGGAGAAGGCCCUGCGUGAUGCCAAGAUGGACAAGACCCAGAUCCAUGACAUUGUGCUUGUUGGAGGCUCCACUCGUAUUCCAAAGAUCCAGAAAUUACUGCAAGAUUUUUUCAAUGGUCGUGAUCUCAAUAAGAGUAUUAACCCUGAUGAAGCAGUAGCUUAUGGGGCAGCUGUCCAAGCAGCCAUCCUGUCAGGUGACAAGUCAGAAAAUGUCCAGGACCUCCUGCUCUUGGAUGUUACACCUUUAUCUCUGGGCAUUGAGACAGCUGGAGGUGUCAUGACAGUGCUCAUAAAGAGAAACACCACUAUCCCCACCAAGCAGACCCAGACCUUCACCACCUACUCAGACAACCAGCCUGGAGUACUAAUUCAGGUUUAUGAAGGGGAGAGAGCCAUGACAAAGGAUAACAAUAUUCUAGGAAAGUUCGAACUGACAGGCAUCCCCCCUGCCCCCCGAGGUGUGCCACAGAUUGAAGUGACCUUUGACAUUGAUGCCAAUGGAAUUCUCAAUGUUUCCGCAGUGGACAAGAGCACUGGCAAGGAGAACAAGAUCACCAUCACUAACGACAAAGGACGGCUGUCUAAGGAGGAUAUUGAACGCAUGGUGCAGGAGGCUGACAGGUACCGUUCAGAGGAUGAAGCACAGAGGGAAAAGGUCACAGCCAAGAACACUCUGGAGUCGCUGGCCUUCAACAUGAAGAGCACAGUAGAGGAUGAGAAGCUCAAGGACAAACUCAGUGCAGAUGAUAAAAAGGCAAUCGUGGACAAGUGCAAUGAGGUCAUUGCAUGGCUGGACAGGAACCAGACUGCUGAAAAGGAUGAAUAUGAACACCAGCAGAAGGAGCUGGAGAAAGUCUGCAACCCCAUUAUCACCAAGCUGUACCAGGGUGCUGGGGGCAUGCCAGGAGGAAUGCCUGGGGGUCCGGGAGGUUUCCCCGGAGGAGCAGGUGGUGGUGCCUCCUCUGGCCCCACCAUUGAGGAGGUCGACUAAACCUAAACCACGAGACAAUUCGAGCAAGACGUCCAUACACCAAUGGCAACAUCCAAGAGCCCUGUUCUUCAGCACAUCUCUCACAACGUCUUUCAGGAAAUUUCACAGAAUUUGUUAAUGACAGCCAAGUGCCACCUGAGACCAACAUAGAGCUAGUGACCAAAUCAGUGGGGCACAACCAGAAUUUAUACACGCAUUAGCUUGUUGGUAUUUUGUAAGUUUGUUUGUUUGGUUUUUUAAGCCAACUCUUAUCCAUUUUGUAAUAAAUGUAAGGUUCUGUAACCUCUUGCCUUGCUCCAGUGCAGCCCCAGUGCAGAGGCCACUCCUCUCUGUCCAGUCCAUUCUCUCUACAAGCUCAGACCCCAAAUCAAGAGGCCAGAGUGGAUGUAAUCAGAGACGCUCUAGUUUAUUAGCAGCAAAGUAUUUGUAGGACUGAGUCGUGCAAGGAGGAGGGAAGUAGUGCGGGGGCGAGAAAGCAGAGUGUAGGUGUCUAUGUGUGAUCAGAGGUGUGAUAAGAAGUAGAGUUCGUUGAAUGUAGCUGUAGAUUAGUCAACUGCUACCAGUUAUCAUAAGAUAACAGUACUUACCAAAAAUAACAUAACUCUUUUCAUCCUAGACUGAGUGAUUUUAUUCUUGCAGUCACACUGUGUUUUAGGAACUGGAAACAUUUAGCUUGUGCCCUGACUUCUUAUUUUGUAGCUGUACACUUCUUAUGUGACUUCCUGCUGUGUAUACUCAGCUCUCACCUCAAGCUUAACAGUUCUGUGGUAAACAUUACUCCAGUCACUUGAAUAAAAUAAGAUCGAUUCUCGUCAUCUGCUUGUCUUGUGAUGGGUGCGACCAAUACAGUUAUCACCAAAUAUGCAUGUAAUGACAUAUUACCAAAUAAUCACCAGUCUGUCAUGAUUCAA